AGGCACGAGAAGCGCUGUCUCUUUCCACCUUCAGCCAUUUUGACAAUGUUAGGAGCUGUUGGACGCUGCUGCACCGGUGCUCUCCAGGCACUCAAGCCUGGGGUCCAGCCACUGAAGGCCCUCGCUGGAUCUCCGUCAGUGCUUGGACGCAGAGAUUACGCUGCUCCGGCUGCCGCCGCCGCAUUCGCCCAUGGCAGAAUCGUAGCGGUCAUUGGUGCCGUCGUCGACGUCCAGUUUGAUGAGGGCCUCCCACCUAUCCUCAAUGCCCUGGAAGUCGCUGGACGCGAGUCCAGACUGGUCCUGGAGGUCGCGCAGCAUCUGGGUGAGAAUACUGUGCGUACCAUUGCCAUGGACGGUACAGAGGGGCUUGUACGUGGGCAGAAAGUUGUGGACACUGGCGAUCCCAUCAGAAUCCCAGUGGGCCCCGAGACCCUGGGUAGAAUCAUGAAUGUCAUUGGAGAACCUAUUGAUGAGAGGGGACCAAUCUCCACUAAGCAGACUUCACCCAUCCACGCUGAGGCGCCUGAGUUCACAGACAUGAGUGUGGAGCAGGAGAUCUUGGUUACUGGCAUCAAGGUGGUAGAUCUGCUGGCUCCCUACGCCAAGGGAGGCAAAAUCGGUCUGUUUGGCGGUGCCGGCGUGGGCAAGACUGUGUUGAUCAUGGAGUUGAUUAACAACGUGGCCAAAGCCCACGGUGGUUAUUCGGUGUUCGCCGGAGUGGGAGAGCGUACCCGCGAGGGAAACGACUUGUACCACGAGAUGAUUGAGUCCGGUGUCAUCAACCUGAAAGACACCACCUCAAAGGUGGCUCUGGUGUACGGACAGAUGAACGAGCCCCCAGGUGCCCGUGCCCGUGUGGCCCUCACUGGCUUGACUGUGGCAGAGUACUUCCGUGACCAGGAGGGUCAGGACGUGCUGCUCUUCAUCGACAACAUCUUCCGCUUCACCCAGGCCGGCUCGGAGGUGUCCGCCCUUCUGGGCCGCAUCCCCUCGGCUGUGGGCUACCAACCCACCCUGGCUACUGACAUGGGCACCAUGCAGGAGCGGAUCACCACCACCAAGAAGGGUUCAAUCACCUCUGUGCAGGCCAUCUAUGUGCCCGCUGAUGAUCUGACUGACCCUGCCCCUGCCACCACCUUCGCUCACUUGGAUGCCACCACCGUGCUGUCCCGUGCCAUCGCUGAGCUGGGCAUCUACCCUGCUGUGGAUCCAUUGGAUUCCACCUCUCGUAUCAUGGACCCCAACAUCGUAGGCGCUGAACACUACGAUGUUGCCCGUGGCGUGCAGAAGAUCCUCCAGGACUACAAAUCCCUGCAGGACAUCAUUGCCAUCCUGGGUAUGGAUGAGUUGUCUGAGGAGGACAAGCUGAUCGUGUCUCGCGCUCGUAAGAUCCAGCGUUUCCUGUCCCAGCCCUUCCAGGUGGCUGAGGUUUUCACUGGUCAUGCCGGCAAGCUGGUGCCCCUCAAGGAGACCAUCAAAGGCUUCCAGAGCAUUCUCAACGGUGAGUAUGAUAACCUGCCAGAACAGGCCUUCUACAUGGUCGGGCCUAUUGAGGAGGUGGUCGAGAAAGCCGCCAAAAUGGCGGAGGAGCUUGCAUAAAUUACUCAAAUGUGGGGGGAAGGAGGAUUCUGUCUAGGAGCACUUGGUUUGUAAUAAAAUGUCAACUGCAACAAUUGUACCAUUUAUCAUCCUGAAAGUUAUUUAAAGUUUUCGAUGGAAGGAUGGAAUAAAGAUCUGUCUUGACAAUUAGUUUUCAGUUUGCUGUAUAUUUUGUUGCAUUUUUCUAUGUAUUGUAACAUUGCAAUGCUGUUCUUGUCUCACUGUCAUGCCUGAUGUAAAAUGUCGUCCUCCAGUAAUCCUCCACUAGAUGGGGUUCAUAGGCUUUGUACAGUGUUGCUUCUUGGACAGUGAUGCAAUAAAUAGCUGUUUAAGGUGA